AUGAUAUUACUGACUAAAAAUCCGAAUAUUAGAUACUCAUUUCUGUUAAUAUUGAUUAUUCUUUUGUUUUUUAUUUCCAAAUUUGCUUUUUGCUCUGAAAUAAGUGAGUUAUCUAGAUCUGAGCAAUAUCCAGUAGAUGAAGAAAAAAACACAUCAAGAAGGCCAGAAGGUGCUAUCCCUAUACCAAUCAAAAGAAAAUGGUUUGAAAAUUUUUCUAAGGAGAGAGUAAUUGAUAAGUACUACACCAAGGAUGGAAAGAAAGUCAAAGUAAUUUUAAUAAGAAGACAUCGUCCAAUAUUUGGUAGGUUUAUAAAAUGGAAAAAUAAACGAAAAAUGAAAAGAAAAGCGAAAAAAAAGUAUAAAAUGGAUAGAAACCCGAAAAAUAAAAAAGGUAACAUAUUUGGAAGACUAAUGAGAAGAGGGAAAAAAAGUGAAAACAAUACUAAAGAACCAACUUUGGAAAAUGUAAACUAUGAGAAAGAUGAUGAAAGUGUUUCAAAAAGUGAUAUAUUUGAAGAUAACGAUGAAAAUCCGGUCGAAAAAAAUGAGAAAGGUUCAAACAAAAUGGAAAAAGCGGAGAAACAGGUAGAUUAUACUGCUUCAAUAGAUAGAUUUUCAAGUUAUGAUAAGAAUUCAAUUACUGGUGAAAAUACUGACUCUUCUGAUAUGAAAUCACCAAUUACCGAUUAUGAAGCUACCAUGCUUUGA